AUGAGCAGCAAGGAGCUGUCGGUGGGCCAGUCCAGCCAGUACGUGGGGCCUUACCGGCUGGAGAAGACCCUCGGGAGGGGACAGACAGGCCUGGUGAAGUUGGGAGUCCACUGUAUAACGGGGCAGAAGGUGGCCAUCAAGAUUGUCAACAGGGAGAAGCUGUCCGAAUCAGUCCUGAUGAAGGUGGAGCGAGAAAUAGCUAUUCUUAAACUAAUAGAGCAUCCUCACGUCCUAAAGCUGCAUGAUGUCUAUGAGAAUAACAAAUACCUGUACUUGGUGCUGGAGCAUGUGUCAGGCGGGGAAUUGUUCGACUACCUGGUGAAGAAGGGCAGGCUGACCCCCAAAGAGGCCAGGAAGUUCUUUAGGCAAAUCAUCUCCGCCCUCGAUUUCUGCCAUAGCCAUUCCAUAUGCCAUAGAGACCUGAAGCCAGAGAAUCUUCUCCUGGAUGAGAAGAACAACAUCAGGAUAGCAGACUUCGGCAUGGCCUCGCUGCAAGUCGGCGACAGUCUGCUAGAAACCAGUUGCGGAUCUCCACAUUACGCGUGCCCGGAAGUCAUAAGAGGGGAGAAAUAUGAUGGUCGCAGGGCAGACGUUUGGAGUUGUGGAGUCAUCCUCUUUGCUCUUCUUGUGGGUGCCUUGCCCUUCGACCACGACAACCUGCGGCAGCUUCUAGAAAAAGUGAAGAGCGGCGUGUUCCACAUGCCCCACUUUAUACCCCCCGACUGCCAAGCUCUGCUCAAGGGAAUGAUCGAAGUGAAUCCCGACAAGAGGCUCACGCUAGAAACAAUACAGAAACACGCCUGGUACCAGAGUGGUCGUAAUGAGCCGUGCCCGGAGCAGCCGCCCCCUCGCCGGGUGUGUGUGAAGAGGAUCGUGUCCCUGUCGGAGCUGGAUCCAGACGUCCUGGAAAGCAUGUACUCUUUAGGGUGCUUCAGAGACCGGGUCAAACUCACACAGGAUCUUACAAGUGAGGAGGAGAAUCAGGAGAAGAUGAUCUACUACCUCCUGUUGGACAGGAAAGAGCGAUACCCCAGCUGUGAAGAUGAAGAUUUGCCUCCUAGAAAUGACUUAGACCCGCCCAGGAAGCGGGUGGACUCGCCCAUGCUGACGCGUCACGGCCGCUGUCGUCCGGAGAGGAAAAGCUUGGAGGUCCUGAGUGUGACGGAGCAGGGGUCUCCCACCCCGCCUCGCAGGGCCCUGGACACGAACGCACACAGCCAGAGGUCUCGAUCGGUCAGCGGCGCGUCCACCGGUCUGUCCUCAAGCCCUCUCAGCAGUCCCAGGGUCACGCCGCAGGGCUCGCCGCUGCCCACCCCGCUGGGCACGCCCGUGCACCAGAUCCAACACCCCUCCUCCACCACCCCUCCCUCCUCCUCCUCCUCGUCCUCUUCUUCCAGAGCCGACGGGGCCGGCGGCGCCUCGCUGACCCCGCCCUCCAGCCCCGGGGGCAGCGGCGGCAUGGCGGCCUCCAGCUCGGGCCACUGGAGGACGAGGCUCAGCUCCAUCAAGAACAACCUGCUGGGCUCGCCGCGCUUCCAUCGACGCAAACUGCAAGUCCCUACAUCAGAGGACAUGUCUAGUUUGACUCCAGAGUCCAGUCCAGAACUCGCGAAAAGAUCCUGGUUCGGGAACUUCAUCUCCCUAGAAAAAGAGGAGCAGAUCUUUGUUUUGAUCCGAGACAAGCCGCUCAGCUCCAUCAAGGCCGACAUCGUCCACGCCUUCCUCUCUAUCCCGUCGCUCAGCCACAGUGUGGUGUCGCAGAACAGUUUCCGGGCAGAGUACAAGUCCACCGGAGGUCCCUCUGUCUUCCAGAAACCAGUCAAGUUCCAAGUGGACAUUGCUUUCUCUGAGGGAGAGCGGGAGCGAGAACGGGAGCGAGCAGAGAGGGAAGGGAGACGAGAGAUGGGCAUCUACAGCGUGACGUUCACCUUGAUAGCAGGCCCCAGUCGCAGAUUCAAACGAGUGGUGGAAACCAUCCAGGCUCAGCUGCUGAGCACUCACGACCAGCCGUCUGUGCAGGCGCUCGCUGACGAGAAGAACGGGCAGCUCUCCCGUCAGCCCAGCACCCCGUCGCGCCAGAACUCCCGGCGUUCCGAGAGCGGGUCGGACCGGGACCGGACAGAGGGGGAGCGCGCGGUGGACGGCGGCGGCGGCAGCGGCGGCUCCGGGAGCGGCAGUGGGACCGUUUUACAGAGGCGAGGCUCGGGGAAGGACAAGACCAGACUCCUGUCAUCGUCCAACGGGACGCAGUCUCACACCUGAAAAGAAUGUCAUGGGGGAGAAGAGUGGGUCGUCCUCUCUUCCUCCAAUAGGUCCUCUCCACCUUCCUUCCCUCCCUGUUUUGUCACUUCCAGCCUUUGCUUCCGAGCUUAAGUCCCAAACCACGGGAUGGAAAAGGUGGUGGGGGGGGGGGGUCUUUCCUUGAAGCUGAUCUGGGGACAUGACGGAGGAUUCGUCUAGACGGGUUGAGCUGAUCUCUAGUCAGACCUCAAGGGCAGCUUCACCCCACUUUAAGAAAGGAUGUCCAAUAAAAAUAAA